CUUUUACAAGAAUAGUUUAGUUUCAAUCGUUUUAUACAACAUGUUAGUUUCAAUCUUGCAUAUUAAUCGUGUUUUAUAAGUAUAUAUGCCACUAGCGCCGACUUAGGGGGGGCAGAGCACUUUUGCUCCCCCCCCCCCCCCCAAUAACUUUUAUCUUUUUGAAAAAGUUUUUUUUAAGAAACCGCGCGCACAGCUUAAGCUCGUAUCAGACUACUAACUAAAAAUAAGGAAAAUAAGCUUCCUUUUUCGAAUAUUUGAAAUAAACUUUCUCAAUUUUGUGCAAUGUAAAUAAAAAUAUAUGUAAGUAUAUAAGAUAUUAAAGCUCGUAUACUUACUUAUAUAUGAAGCUAUUUUAGAACCUGCGGCAUCAUUCUUGCGGGCUGUUUGUAAAAUGCUAGGGAACUUUCCAAUUUUCGAUAAGAAAUGAUAUAAUGUAGUAUGUGAAAGUGUUUUUAACUUUUAUCUGUCUAGCCUAAAAAAAAGGUCGUUAAAAAUUUUCCUCUUCUCCCCCCCAAAAAGUUUUCCAAGUCGGCGCCACUGAUAUAUGCAUUACAAUUAAAAGUAUUUACACUUUAUGAAUAUAGCAUAGAACAGAACCAAAUAAUUGUGAACAUACAAUUAUCUAUAGACCUGCGUGUCUUCCGUGGACAUUGGCUACGUAGUGCACGUUUUAUACACAUUGGGGCGUUGGUAGAUAGAUAAAAUGACGGAGUGUAGACCGCUCUCAGGUUUUUCUCUGCUGAUAAUAAAUUUCUAAUAAAUAGAAGUGAAGUAGAGCCAAGUAUAGCUAGAUGGCAUCACGUACAGUUUUUCAAAUAACUUAACCUAAAUUAAUUUCCACAAAAAAUUCAAUUCUUGAAAAUUAUGUUUGCACUUAAAAUGGAAAAAAACCUGAACAAUAUAAUUAUAGCAUAAACUUUUGAUUACUUAUUAUAUUUUUUCAAAAAUUCCAGCGAUAUUUUAAAUCGAAUUUAUUAGUCCAAGAAACACGUGCAGUUAACCUCAAAUUGUUUUGUGACACGUUUCGAGAUUGCAGUGGACAACUUCUUAGAGACACUUCUUUUACUUGGCAAACAUGCCUGCUCCAUGCGAGGAUAUUAUCGAGGAUAUUGAGGAUUUAAUCGCAUCGCAGGACAUAACGCCUAAGGAGCGAUAUAGUUCGCGAAAACAUAUCACGGUACGACCGAAGCGGAGUAAGCAGCUGCAGAAACAGGAACAAGUAUUGCAGCCGUCUAUCUUGUCGAGCAUAAUACCCGGCACGCAAACAAUUUACGUGAAAACAUGGGGAUGCACGCACAACAGUUCGGAUACCGAAUACAUGGCCGGUCAGUUGGCGAGAUACGGCUACAAUUUGACAGAGGAUAAACUAAAAGCAGAUCUGUGGCUCCUAAAUUCUUGCACUGUCAAAAGUCCCGCGGAAGACCAAUUCAGGAACGAAAUCGAGCAUGGAAAGAAAAUUGGCAAGCACGUUGUGGUUGCUGGAUGUGUACCACAAGGUGCUCCAAAAUCUUCCUUUCUUCAAGGGCUGAGUGUGAUUGGAGUACAGCAAAUUGAUCGAGUGGUAGAAGUCGUGGAGGAAACUUUAAAAGGAAAUACAGUCAGGUUCUUACAACAAAAGAAGAAUUCUGGUAAGAAGAUAGGUGGCGCCUCGCUAAAUCUCCCAAAAGUACGCCGAAACCCACUUAUUGAGAUUAUAGCCAUUAACACGGGCUGUUUAAAUCAGUGUACUUACUGUAAGACGAAGCAUGCACGAGGCGAACUGGGUAGUUAUCCACCAGAGGAGAUAAUCCAACGAGCCAAGCAAGCUUUCGAGGAGGGCGUAUGCGAGUUGUGGCUCACGUCGGAGGACACAGGCGCCUAUGGCAGGGAUAUUGGCACCAGCCUGCCGGAAUUACUUUGGCAAUUGGUGGAUGUGAUCCCUGAGGGUUGCAUGAUGCGCGUCGGUAUGACCAAUCCACCAUACAUCUUGGAGCAUUUGGACGAAAUAGCCAAGAUUCUGCGACAUCCAAAAGUUUAUAGCUUUCUGCAUAUCCCAGUGCAGUCUGGGAGUGAUCAAGUGCUAGCUGAUAUGAAGCGAGAGUACACACGCGCGGAGUUCGAGCAUGUAGUGAAUUUCCUGAGCGAGCGAGUGCCAGGUCUGACUAUUGCUACAGAUAUCAUCUGCGGCUUUCCCACGGAAACGGAGACGGAUUUCGAGGAAACGAUGACGCUCUGUCAGAAAUAUAAGUUCCCAAGUCUCUUUAUCAAUCAGUACUUUCCCCGACCUGGCACACCCGCCGCCAGAAUGCGGAAGGUACCUGCGCAAAAAGUGAAAACAAGGACCAAAAGGCUGUCGGAAUUUUUCCAGUCAUAUGAACCAUACAAACACAAAGUAGGACUUUUGCAAAAGGUGUUAGUAACAGAAGUAUCACACGAUAAGCAGCAUUAUGUGGGCCACAACAAAUUCUACGAACAGGUGUUGAUCCCAAUGAAACAGGAGUACAUGGGGAAAAUGAUUGACAUAAGAAUUACAGAAGCAACAAAGUUCUCUAUGAAAGGAGAACCGAUUGGUAAAGGUGUAUCUCCGGCACUAAGAUCUCCUCUACCGCAAGGAGUCGUUUCCAGAGUAUCAUACGAGACGAUGCCGUCGAAAUAUGGAAUAGCGACGAUUACGACGAUCUUCUUAGCUGUGAUACUUAGAAUAUUAUGGAAAUUUCUGACUUAAAUGCAUAAUAAAUAAUACAAAAAUUAUACCAAAA